AUGGAAAUAACUCCAACAGUUUAUUCUGUUGCAUUUAUUGAAAUAAUCCCAAUAACAAUUUUAAUUCCUUCUUCCCUUUUAAAUUUAUUUUUAUUGUGGAAAAGUUGUGUUUUAAAUAAUAAUUCUAAAAUUAUUCUUAUUUCACAAAGUAUUGCUAUUUUUAUUUAUUCAUCAACACGGUUAUUUGUGCUUAUUCUGGUCAUCACUAAACAUAACAAUUUAUUUAAUUCAAUGUACUAUUUUCUUGGAGAUAUUGGAUUAGCUACUAUAAAUUUUGGUAUCUUAAUUGGGCACGUUUUAAUUCUGGAGAGAACUAUAGCUACUUUAUUUACUACAAAAUAUAGCCAAUCGAAAAUUCCAAUUUUUGGAAUUUGUUGUAUUUUAAUUUUGGUAUUCAAUUAG